UUUGGAGCCCAAACAUUGUACGCGGACUGACUCCCCCACAUCGUGUGAAAUCGAUUUCAAUGGCCACUUUUACCCAGGAUGAGAUCGAUUUCCUCAAAUCGCAUGGCAAUGAGCUGUGCUCGAAAACCUGGCUGGGUCUAUGGGAUCCCAAGCGUGCCUCUCAACAGCAGCAGGAUCAGCGGGAGCUAAUCAUCGAUAAAUAUGAACGAAAGCGUUACUACUUGGAGCCGGGUAGUCCAUUAAAGUCAUUGAAUCUAAAAUCAUCUCCAGCACAGAACUCCAAUGCGAGUGCUGUUCGCCCAAAUCAAAAUGGUCAUCAUCAUCAUCAUCAUCAGCAGCAGCAGCAGCAUCAACCAAAUGGAGUCAGUUUGGUAGGAAUGUCGACCAAUGGCUAUGCGAGCAUUCAACUGACGCCUCCUGCUGCUCAGCGUACAUCGAAUGGCCAACAGAAGGCAGUGGCAACGGUUGCCACCGCGUCCAGCACAACGGCAAUCAGUCGACCUCAGCACCAUCAUCACCAUAAUCAGCAUCAUCAUGAUGCUUUUGGCUCUUUGGCAAAUGGUCUGACUAGCCUAAAUAGUGCCGGCUCCACAUCGACGGGCGCAUUGUCCGAUACGAGCAGCUGUGCCAGCAAUGGCUUUGCCGCCGAAUCCGACUUUGUGGCCGACUUUGGUUCGGCCAAUAUCUUUGAUGCCACAUCGGCGAGGUCAGCGGGAUCGCCAGCUGUCUCCUCUGCCUCGUCUGUUAGUUCGACCAAUGGCUAUGCAAAAGUACAACCAUUGAGAGCGGCCCAUCUGCUGCAGCAGCAGCAACAGCAACAGCAGCAGCAGGCCCUUCUCAAUGGAAGUGCCAUUUCAAAUGGCAACACGGAGAAUUUCGCAGACUUUGACCAUGCCCCCAUCUAUAAUGCAGCGGCUGUAAGCAACAGUUCAAAUGCUACGGCUUUCCAUGAUUGGAUCAGCGAUUGGAGUAGACGAGGGUUUCAUGAUCCUUUUGAUGAUGAUGACGAUGCUGAUGAUGCUAAUGAUUUUAAAAUUUUGACGCCACCUCCACCUGUGCCGCCUGCUCCCUACUGCCCCCCGCCCGCAGAUAAUGAACCAGCACCAAUGCCUAGCAUUGACAUCGGUAACUUUUGGAGUCACCAAGAAGAAGAUGAUGACGAUGAUGAAGAUCAAGACGCGUUCUGCUCACAGUUGUCGCCUUUGAACCCCUUUCUACCUUAUCUCAACAAUGAGAGGCGGCAGCGAAACAGGUCAACAGCAGCAGGUCCUAGUCGAAGUGGGACAUCUUUCUGUUCGUCCUUCGUUCCUUCCAAUAGUUACUUUACCAGCAGCAAUGAUAACUCUGAAGAACAACCGACAAAUAUUUUCAAUGGCAAUUUCCAUGAUAUUUUCACAUGGAGCGCGCCACUACAAAAUGGACAUCUUAACGGUGGCAGCAAGGCCACGCCGUCAAAGAGCAGUCCCAGUGAGGACCGUUAUGCAGCCCUAAAGGACCUCGACGAGCAGCUACGUGAGCUGAAGGCCAGCGAGACGGCGCCAGUUGUAACAAAUGAAGCACCCACGCCUACCAACGGCAAUGGCAAUGGCCACUUUAUUGAAACUUUUGGCACAGGCCACAUCAUCAAUAACAACAACAAUCCAAAUCCCUUCAAGGGCCAGCAGCAGCAGCUCAGCAAUCACAUAGUGAAUCCAUUCCAGCAACAGCAAUCGCAACAGAAUCUCUAUGGCCAGCUAACGCUCAUACCAAAUGGUUAUGCAAUCAAUCCCCAACAGCAGCAGCAGGCGGCACAUCCUCAUCCACAGCAGCAGCAGCAGCAGCAGCAACAGCAGCAGCAAGCCAGUUUCUUUAAUUUUAACAAUAAUGGUUACGCCUUAAGCCAGGGACUGCCUAAUGCCUGUGGAUUUGGCAUGGCCAAUAAUCCCUUUGCAGCGAAUACCAACAAUCCGUUCUUAUGAGGCAGUAGCAGCGGCAACGCCGGAAGUGGCGGAAAUGGCGGCAGCUAGCUGAAUGGAUGCCCCAUGUGAACCGAAAUUUAGUCCAUUUUACGAACAAUAGCUAUUAAUCUAUAUAAUGUAAAUCACACAUAUAUAUAUAUAUAUAUAUAGAUAGCGAGAGAUCGACCCCAUGAUAAUGAUUAUGAUCAUAUAUAUAAUAUUGAUAAUGAUAUAUAUAUAUUUAUAUAUAUAUUCUUUUACAAGCUAACUUUACUCUAAAUGUUUACAUAAAGAACAAAGAUAUGUAUUUGUAUUUACCGUUUGCCUUUAGUAGGACUUUUUACUAACCAAAACUUAACAUAAACUACUACAAUAUGUACGAUAUAUAUGUACAUACAUAUACAUUGCAUACAUAAACUAACUAAAACUCUAGUAAGGGAUUCGCGAUUCAUUUCCCUUUAGCUCCCUACGAUUAUCUAUUUCUCUCUAUCCCUUCUUUUUAUACGCUUUCGCUUCUAAUUUUGUUUGCGUUUGGCAGAAGAACAACAAAAACAAAAAAAAAAUCAGUUAUUGUGUGGCCUUAAUAAGAUUAUAAAACUGAUCAAUCUUCAAAAAAAUACUACUAUCAAAACAAAGAAAAAAAACAUAAUAUACAAACAAAAACUAUUUAAAUGCGUAAAUAUAUAUAUUAUUGCUUUUGUACCUAAA